GCUCAAACUGCACUUACCUUGGGUUGCUUCGGGGGCAUCUUAUGUAAAAACAUUUGCGAAUAAUCCCGACCGACCGACCGACCGACUCCUUUGCCCGCUGUUGGUAGGAAUUGCUGGUUUUUGGAGGUGGUUCUGCAUUGCAAAAGGGAGUUUUGCGUUCUGCUGCUAGUCUGUGCGUCGCUAUGUUGGCUAUGCGCCCGAUGCUGUCGAGGGCCCUGUGCCUGCCCGCGGUGAAUGGUGGCGUGCAGGUGCUGCCGCCGGUCCGCUCGAAGGCCACCCUCCCGGUGGUGGAGAAGGAUAAGCCGGAGAAGCUGCCGUACUCGCCGUUCGGCACGAAGCAAUCGAGCUGGGCCGACUGGACGGUGGCCCGCCUGGACGACGUGCUCAACUGGGGCCGCAAGGGCUCGAUCUGGCCGCUGACGUUUGGGCUGGCGUGCUGCGCCGUCGAGAUGAUGCACAUUGCCGCACCGCGCUACGAUAUGGAUCGAUUCGGCGUCGUGUUCCGUGCGUCGCCCCGCCAGGCCGACGUCAUCAUUGUGGCCGGUACGCUGACCAACAAGAUGGCACCGGCCCUGCGCAAGGUGUACGACCAGAUGCCGGAACCGCGCUGGGUCAUUUCGAUGGGCAGCUGCGCCAACGGGGGCGGCUACUAUCACUAUUCGUACUCAGUCGUGCGCGGCUGCGACCGCAUCAUCCCGGUCGACAUCUACGUGCCCGGCUGUCCGCCCACCGCCGAAGCACUGCUAUACGGUGUGCUGCAGCUACAGAAGAAGGUGAAGCGCAUGAAGACCCUGCAGAUGUGGUACCGCAAGUAGAGUGUGCCGGACGUUAGGUAGGUCGUGCUGUGCGGAGGAUUAUAGCUUUUAGAGUAUACGGAGCAGGAGAAAUGAGGACGAGGCGAGGAGUUAAAUUUCAGUCAGUAAAAAAAGGGCCCGAGCGAAGCGACCACCAAGCGGUGCAUCUUAACGAGAGGAAAAUUUCUCGAUGCACCCCCAGUAACGCACGAUCUGGACGGGGAGCAGCUGAUCGUACGGAACGAUCCCGACGGCGAUGAACUGAUCAUGGGGUGUUCCUCAAUCUCUUCUUUGACGGAGCUGUGCGUCCUGCCGAGCCAUGUAUGUUAUAUUGUAAAAAUAAAAAAAGAAGCCGUUUCAACGAA